AUGCGGCCCCUCACUGAGGACGAAAUUAAGCUUGUUCUAGAGAAGCUAUCGAAGUUCCUCGGAGACAAUUUGCUUCAUUUGAUUGAAAACUCGUCAGAUCCUCACGUGUUCCGAUUGCAUCGCGACCGCGUGUUCUUCUUGAGCGAGAAGUUGCUAAAGGCUGCCGGAUGCAUUCCACGCAAAAACCUUCUGAGUGUUGGUCAAUGCAUUGGUAAAAUCACGAAAGGCCGGAAGUUCAGACUGGGGAUUACAGCCCUGCAUGUGAUUGCAAAAUACGCACCUCACAAGGUGUGGUUAAACCCAGGUGGCGAGCAAGCGUUUGUCUACGGAAAUCAUAUAAUCAAGCGCCACGUAGGCCGACUAACUGCAGACAUGCCGAGCGGGGCAGGUGUCUGCGUGCUUUCUUUGAACGGGGAUUUGCCUUUAGGUUUUGGUACGAGUGCAAAGGCAACAGCGGAGAUCCAUACGGCUUCUACGGAAGCAGUCUCGUUCUACCACCACGCAGAUGUGGGCGAGUACCUUCGCGAGGAAGCCGACCUCGUUUGA